AUGGCAUCAUCUUCAGAAAAUUCGUGUCCAUUAUUACAAGCUAAUAUUUUCUCUCGACUUGCUCAUCAUUGGCUAUCUCCUUUAUUAGCAAAAAGUCAUAAACAAGGUGUAUUACAUUUGAAUGAUCUUUAUGAUCUUCCACCUCAUCUUAAAUCAACUGAACUUACUGACAAACUUGAAGCAAAUUGGUUUGAUGAAUUGAAACGAUAUCCGGAAAAUCCAAGUCUAAUUCGAGUUACAUUACGUACUUUUGGAUGGAAAAUCAUUUUUCAUGGUGUUCUUGCAUUAUUACAUGUAAGUUAA